UACAUUUGUCUGACACUGGUUUGUUUCUCUGCGAUGGCGGAAGAUGGGCUAGUAUGUUUUCAUAGUAUGGUUUCUAUGGUUUGUGCAGUCACUGAUAAUUUAUAAAUGGAAAAAAAGAAAUUCAAUAUCAAUUUGGACGACUCUGCGUUCACAAAAGAAAGAAGUCCGGUAGCAUCGUUGUUCAAGACCAAAGAUGGUCAAGUAGAGGCUUCAACUGUUCCAGCUCCUGGCCAACCACUGUCCUAUGCUGAGUUUGUUGUUCAGAGCAAAAACAAGGGGCUUCAGGGAGCAGCUCAUGGAUCAGAGAAACAAAUUUCUGCUGCCCAAUGUAGGAACGAUGCUGCAGGACAAAGCAGUGUAAACACAGGUGGAAGCGCCUCAGUUACUACGUCAUUCACAGACUCAGGAAAACCCGAGACUGAACAGCAGGGGCCAGCAGAGGAAGAUCAGACAAAAGAGGAGGGUCAGAGUUUGGAGAAUCGUAUCAUUCCUCCUCAUCUCUUAGGAUCUGGGAACAGUAUUAUUGUCAGUCCUCGACAGAGAGGCAACCCCAUCCUAAAGUUUGUGAGAAAUGUUCCUUGGGAGUUUGGAGAAGUGGUGCCAGACUAUGUUUUGGGACGGACAACGUGUGCUCUUUUUCUCAGUGUGCGUUACCAUAAUCUGAACCCAAACUACAUCCAUGAGCGUCUGAAACAGCUGGGACAGACUUUUACCCUCAGAGUGUUGCUCGUCCAGGUCGAUGUGAAAGACCCUCAUCAUGCUCUGAAAGAGCUUGCUCGAAUAUGCAUCAUGGCUGACUGUACCCUCAUUUUGGCCUGGAGUCCUGAAGAAGCAGGUCGGUACCUUGAGACAUUUAAAUCCUACGAGAAGAAACCUGCAGAUCUUCUGAAAGAACAAGUGGAGAAAAAUUACCUGUCCCAGGUUACAGAUUGUUUAACCACCGUAAAGUCUGUCAAUAAGACAGAUGCCAUGACUCUGCUGUCUACUUUUUCUUCUCUGGAGGGCAUCAUUAAGGCUUCUAAGGAGGAACUAGUUUUGUGCCCAGGACUCGGUCCACAGAAGGCAAGAAGGCUUUAUGAUGUACUGCACCAACCCUUUGUAAAGACCAAGAAGAAGGAAAGUGGAUAAAUAUGAGCUGUUUACAAUAUUUACAAUUGUAGUAUCUUUACACUGCAGAAAGUGGACAACUACAUUCAUAAAGUUUGAAACAAUAUCACUGUGUCUUAGAGAAUUUGUCUAUGAUGAUAUGUGGCCUUCAAGUGGGGCAUAAACAGUCUCUUCAAUUUGUAUCAUUUGUGUUCAUGAAAAGUUCAAUAAAUAUCAAUAAUAUUUAUUAGUAAUUGUGUUUUACUGUAUGUUGAUAUUUUAGGGUGGGAGGUGACGUUCCAUUAUAACCCCCAUGAUUCUUAUUGCAACUGGAACAAAACCUGUAUAAACCUGUCAUAUUCGAAAAAAAAUGGAUGGAAACUGUGGUCACACUCAAAUAAGAAUAGAAAUAGUGAAUAGACUAUAUGGUCAAACUUACUCAGAGUAUGAAUGUGUUUGUGGCAGUUUGUGGGAUGUUAGUUGAUGGCCAUCACAUAUGCCACAGAAAAUAUCAUCAAACCCAUUCAUGUCAAAUCACAACUAAGCUAGUGGGAGGUUUUAUACUACACAGUGAU